GCCUGUUACAGCCUACCACCACGAUAUGACUUCACGUAUAGAGAUUCUUAAUGCAGGAGGCUACCGAUCCGAUGGCAGACGACAAUUCGAAUUACGGACAAUUGAAAUCGAUUUUUCUCCCCAUGGUUCCAAUUCAGACGGAUCUGCCACAAUCUCUCAUGGCCUUACACAGGUCUCUGUGUCCGUGUUCGGUCCUCGAGAGGCAAAAAUGCGUUCUCAGACGUUCCAUGACCGUGCCAACAUUAAUAUCGAACUCAAUAUCGCGCCUUUCAGUGCUGGAGAACGCAGAAAAAGAGGAAGAGGUGACAAACGCGUUCUCGAACUGGUCCAGACGCUGAAAUCGACAUUCGAGCCAGUAAUACAGAUGUCUCUGUAUCCUCGUUCUCAAAUCGACAUCUAUGUUCAAGUUCUCCAACAAGACGGUGGAUUGUUGCAAGCAUGCAUAAAUGCCACAACUCUCGCAUUAGCAAAUGCGGGAAUACCUCUGUUCGAUCUUGUUUGUGCUGUUACUGGCGGUGUGCAUUCAACGUCGCCAUUACUAGAUCUCACUCAACUCGAGGAAAAUGAUCUACCAAAUGUUACAAUCGCAGUCAUGCCUCGUUCGGGAAAAAUGGCUCUCGUUUCAAUGGAGACGCGUCUUCACGUCGACCGCUUCGAAGAAAUUUUUAGGCUAGCAGGCGAAGCAAGCACAGUGAUACACGGUGAGAUAAAACGAGCAGUUAAAGAGACGACCGCGAACCUCGUGGAUGCGAUGCAACCCGGGAAAAGUUCGGCGGGGACUAAUGCGGAAAAUGAGUACUGAAAUGCAAUAUCACGAUCGAGAAAUUUCUAUUCUUCUAAAACAUGCAAGCCACUUAUCACCCUUGUUACGCUCAACUUUCUGGCCUUCUUCUGUUGAUCUAAACACGGCGUCCACGAUAUUUCCCUUCCCUUCAGCACGCAGCGCUUCCUCAGAAACAGGUUCGAAUAAUGGGAAUACUUCGAGAUGUGCUUUCAUCCAUUGAUGAAGGUCUUUCACAUCCGUGAUCGUGUAAACGAUACCACCAGGUCGUAAAACGUAGGCGUAUUCAGCAAGGAGUGUCGGUGAAAUGAUACGCGCUUUAUGUUUCCGGUGCUUAAAAUGGGGAUCAGGAAAAAGGAAGAAGAGUGCCGAAAGGGAUGAUUUCGGGAAAAAGUUGGGAAGGAAUUUCAUGGCGUUAGCGCGGACAAUUGAAACAUUCUGGUGGCUAUUGUCGGCCGUACGCAAAGCGCUGAUACGAUCUUGAACGUAUUGUGACACUUGAACGCGUAUUUCCAUGCCUGGCAAAGUCUAAGCCGUGUAGACAAGAAUUUAACCCGUGUCGUACCGAGCAUCAGAACAUCGGGGUACAAUGGGGCCAAUGCAAUCAUCAGACCCCCGAAUCCACAACCUAUGUCCGCAAACUCUGGGGUCCUUCCCGUACCUGCGAACGCAGGGUAGUGAGCAUCCCAAUCCAUGUUUUGAGGUGAUUUUGGGUAGUCCAGCGCAUGAUCAGAAAAAGGAUUUGCAUGAGCUCUUUGACGAUAAAAUCUUUUCUGCAAAUGAAAAGGACAUAAUGGGUUACCAACAGACAUGGAAGAAUCAACUGACCUGGGGAAGCAGUUUCUUUGAUUCAGGGUCUGGAUUUAGGGCUUCAGCUGCUGUCCGCUUGCGUUUUGGCAUUGAGUUCUGUCAAGGCGGGUGAAAC